CUUGGCUCUGCCCACCUUCUCGUUUGUUCUGCCCACAUUUCUUCCCAUCUUAAGGCUGUGGUCUUUUUAGUAAAAAAAUGUAAAAUCUUUGUUCAUUCUGGACUGUCUUUGAUGAUUCCUCUGUUGUGAGGCCUGUUUAAUUUCAUCAAUCCAACAAUUCUAUCACGGACAACGAAACGUUUCUAGUCUCAUCCAACACGGGCACAAAACGUUUCUGGACUCAUCCAACACACAGUCCUCAAAGGAAGGGCGGUGGAAACGUUUCCCUCGUUAUUUUCCAGAGGAUUACAUUUCUUAAAUCGAAGCCACUUUUGGUGACAAUGGCUGCUCUUUCAGUGUGGUUUUGGAACGAGAGGUUUUGGCUCCCACAUAAUGUGACUUGGGCGGAUCUUGCAGACCCAGCGCCCGGGGUGGAGUAUCCAAAAGCCGGGCACUUACUCUCUGCCUUACCGCUGGCUGUGGGGAUCUUUGCUGUCAGAAUACUAUUUGAGAGGUUCAUAGCCAGUCCAUGUGCCUUCCUCUUGCAUAUCCACGCUGCCUCAGUCCACUGGCGAGCCACACCCAACCCUGUCCUGGAGAAGGUGUUUACAUCCAUCACAAAGUGCCCAGACUCGCGACACCUGGAUGGGUUAUCUAAGCAGUUGGACUGGGAUGUGAGGAAGGUCCAGCGAUGGUUCAGACACAGACGCAACCAGGACAAACCCAGCAUACUCACCAAGUUCUGUGAGAGCAUGUGGAGGCUUAUAUUUUAUCUGUUCAUGUUUACCUACGGGAUCUGCUUUCUAUGGAAGUGCUCAUGGCUGUGGGAUACACACCACUGCUGGUACAACUACCCCUACCAGGUCCUGACUCCAGGCCUGUACCACUACUACGUGACUGAGCUGGGCUUCUACUGGUCUCUCAUGUUCUCUCAGUUUACUGACAUCAAACGCAAGGACUUCCCCAUCAUGUUCAUUCAUCACCUAGCAACAGUGAGCCUGAUCAGUUUCUCCUACGCUAACAACAUGCUACGUGUCGGGAGCCUGGUGAUGUGCGUUCACGACGCAUCAGACUUCCUACUAGAGGCAGCCAAGCUGGCCAACUACGCCAAGUACCAGCACCUGUGUGACUUCCUGUUUGUUCUGUUUGCAGUAGUCUUCUUCAUCACAAGGCUUGUCCUCUACCCUCUAUGGAUCCUGAACACAACAUUGUUUGAGAGCUGGGAGAUCAUUGGUCCAUACCCUUCCUGGUGGCUCUUCAACUCCCUACUGCUGGUGCUACAGGUGCUGCAUGUCAUCUGGUCCUACCUCAUAGCCAGGAUCGCCUACAAGGCCUUGGUCCGAGGAAAGGUUUCUAAGGAUGACCGCAGUGAUGUUGAGAGCAGCUCAGAGGAGGAGGUGGACACCAACGGGACCAAUGGCAGGGGGGUUAAAAUGGUGUUCUCUCGUAAGGUAGAGAACGGUACCAACGGCCACGCCGUCACCACUAGAACCUGGCCACAACAGAUACGUAGCAGCAGCAGCAGGUGAUAGAAAAAGAGGAGUCUGCUGUCUGAUUCACAGUAUAGGGCUGACUGGGGUCCGAUAUGUCUGGCCUGGUUACACUGGGCAUCCACUAGUUGUCGGAACUGUGCUGGAAAGGACCAUGUGGAAAAGAAAAGGAAAAUAUCUGAGCCAGCACAGUACUGUUCAGGUCGGCCCUAUAGUGAGAAUCAGGCAUAUCUGAGCCAACACAGUACUGUUCAGGUCGGCCCUAUAGUGAGAAUCAGGCAUAUCUGAGCCAACACAGUACUGUUCAGGUCGGCCCUAUAGUGAGAAUCAGGCAUAUCUGAGCCAACACAGUACUGUUCACGUCGACCCUAUAAUGAAUGUCUGUGAGACCUUUCCACUACUAGUUCAUCCUAUCCUACACUACAUCUUGAAGUGCUUUUCCUCUCAUCCAGUUCCCUGGACGUUUUAAGUCCGUUUCCUCAUUCAACUCUGACUCUUAAUAAUACUGUUUUUUUCCAGCACUGACAAUGAUCGGUGACUAUGACAACAGACGAUGGAUGAAUAGACAGACACUACCGUGACCCAUAGAAUCCAAACUGAUUACAUUUAACUGAUUAAAAACACUAUUUUCAUUCCCUUGUGUCAAGUGAAUGGGUCUGACUGUAUUUUAAUUCCCUUGUGUCCAUAGAAUGGGUCUGACUGUAUUUUAAUUCCAUUGUGGCCAUAGAAUGGGUCUGACUGUAUUUGAAUUCCCUUGUGGCCAUAGAAUGGGUCUGACUGUAUUUGAAUUCCCUUGUGGUCAUAGAAUGGGUCUGACUGUAUUUUAAUUCCCCCGUGUCCAUAGAAUGGGUCUGACUAUUUUAAUUCCCUCGUGUCCAUAGAAUGGGUCAGACUGUAUUUUAAUUCCCCCGUGUCCAUAGAAUGGGUCUGACUGUAUUUUAAUUCCAUUGUGCCCAUAGAAUGGGUCUAACGGUUUAAAUUCUUAUUCCACUUUUUAAUGUGAUGCCGCAGUUUGUUGGGGAGGAUGUUCUCUCCCUGUUUUAUGUCAGUUGAACUGAAGUUAUUACUGUAUAUAUUUUUUAAACAAAUAAAUGUUUAUUUGUGAAA